AUGACAUGGCAGACCAAGGGAGUCAUCUUUUGCUCGCUUGUUUGCACAUUAUGUCUUGUGCUCUGGGUAUAUCUACUUGCCACUUUCAUCAAAAGCCAUUCUUCCCAGCCGACGACACUGUUCUCUGGGAACUGUGACAUUGCAGGGAAUAUCAAUAUUGGGCUACAUCUGGUAAUCACCAUCUUUUCAGUAUCGAUCACGGUAUCCUCGGACUUCUUCAUGCGCCUGGUCAGCGCUCCACAAGCGGCCGAUAUUCGAGAAGCGCACCGUCAAGCCACCUGGAUGGACGUCGGCAUCAAUUCCAUUCGGAAUCUAAGGUCGAUUCCUCGGUGGCGCAGCGCCUUGUGGAUUGUUGGCGCUGCAAGCUCUAUUCCUCUUUCACUGUUUUUCCAGGCCUCUGUUAUCGGAACUGCAGCCACGACGGAAUACGACCAACUCCUCGUGAGCGAAGGAUUCCUUGAUGGCGAUCCGUUUGUUCUUCCUUGGGUGGGAAACUUGUUGCAAUGGGAAACGUGGAGGUUUGGUCAGCCAAUCCUGGAACCGUUGUUCAGGGAAAUACAAGCGAAUGUGUCAGGCUUCCAUUGGAAAAAGUUUGACAGUGUCGAGUGCCGAAAGACAUACCUGGCAUCCAGAUAUGGUCUUCGCUUCUAUCGACAUCUGUCGCCCAGUAACACCAACUCUUUGUGGUCUUAUGAUUCUCCUUGUUCUGUCCAACCUUACAUGGGCGAAAUUCUCAACCCAUGCGCUGGCGAUUUGGAUUACUCUGAAGGAGCGACACCAGGCGAUAAAUUCUCCCUCACCCAUCCAUGGACUUACCAGUGGACGCAGGCUGAGGCUGACGCAGCUAAUACGAUGCCAAUUCCCACCUUUAACGCUGAGUACAACAACAUCACGGCUUUAUACUGCUUAGCGGAGCCAUUUGAUUCUCCCUGCAAAGUCGAGGUGUAUAAUCCGCUGCUGCUGGUUGUCGGUAUCUGUCUUUUUUUCAAAUCUGCGUUCGCGAUCAGUACCUUGGCGUUGCUCUGGAAGUCUUCCCCUGUCCAAUGCCUCGGCGAUGCUAUCCAACUAUUCCUGCAGCAGGAGGAAAGCGACCUUACAACGGAAGGCCUUUGCACAUACGGUCAGAACGAAUUUAGGUUGCUGACCAAACACAAUCGGAAGAGCGUUUCGACGGACAUGCGGCCAAGAUGGAUCGGUGGAGCACGAGCCUGGUCAAGUCGGCGGAAGAGUUGGGGUUCAGCAAUACCACGAUUGACCUGGAUAACAACAUACCUUCCGAUUUGCUGUGUGCUUGUUGUCGUUGCAGUAUUAUUCAUCAAGGGACUGAUGACCAAUGAUGGCUUUACGGAAGCCGGUUUCGGCGAUGACCCCAACAACGGCAGUCUAUAUUUGCCGGAUUUCGACUACGGAUACGGGACAUUGAUCGUGGCUGACUUGCCACAGAUCAUCAUCACGGCUUGCUAUUUCACGUUCUCUUCACUGUACAGCGCAUUGUUCCAAGGCCGAGAAUGGUCUCUCUUUUCGCAGGCUCCUCGACGCCUCAAGGUCACAACUCCGGCGGAUGGUCAGGAUUCGUCAUACCUUUUGUCAGUGCCCUUUUUCUGGGGCGCGGUGUAUUUGCUCAUCAGCUCUGUCUCGCCUUCUGAUGCCAACGUUAUUGGCAUGGGUCUUCACUACUCUCUCGGAUACUCCGUCCAAGCCCUGGUAGCCACUCUUUUGUUAGCGGCCGUUGCGCUGCUCAUACCACUGGUGUUGACUGUGUGGCCGUUGCCGUCCCAAAAUUCCAUUAUCGUGGGGACGAAUUCAGCAGCAAUCUCUGCACAAUGCCAGCGGCUUCCAACGCGUAGGAGUGUUCGUGUCAGUGCACAAGCUGAUCGUCGAUACAAUUCUGCCAACAGCGAGGUAUCGGCCGAAGAUAACGCGGCCGGUGACGUUGAUACUGGCUAUCGUCAUGGAUCUGAGGCUGGAGCCGGAGCCGAAGAUGGACCUGGGCGCGCGCCUGCGCCUGAUGGUGAUUCUGUUUCUGAGUCCCGGCGAUUACUAGCAAUCUCUCAUAAAGACGACCUUGUUGAUGGGUAUUGUCGUCAACCUGAGCCAGGAGCCGAAGGUGAAGUGGCGGCCGUGCCCAAGUCUGAUCCUCAAGCCCAACCAGCGCCAGCAGUUGCUCAUCAGGCGGACCCUGCCGGUACAGAAGACGACGCGCCAGACAAUGCAUCCCAGGAGGUUCAGCUCCUCGACAACGACCCCGACCAGACUCCUCGGCUCCAGGAGUUGAGAUGGGGUGUCCUCCAGCCUGGUGGCGCGGACAGCAACAACCGUGGCCAUCUGGGACUCGGUAUUGCAAAAAGGAUCUUGGGACAGCCUGAAGAUGGGCACUGGUACAGAUGA